CAUCUGCUCGCCUCUCGUUCAUGCGUUGCGGCGUCUCUCAUUGAUCGCCCCGCGGCCUGAUGAGGAGAACUUCCGUGUCGCUGCCCACCAAGACCAAGCACGUUGCCCACGACCCUCACGAAAAGACAGAUCGAUACCUGCCCAGCCAGCGGAGCAAGGGCCUCCUCGCCAGAAUGAAAGACACCAUGCUGUCGCAGGCGCAAAAGUCGCGGUGGCUCAAGACCGGCGCGCUGGUCCUGAUCCUCAUGUGCCUGUUCUACUGGCUGUCGCCCACCGGCGUCGAGGUCUACAACAAGAGCCCUCUGGGCGAAGCCUCCGAGAUCCAAUCCCCCGCCGACAACGCUCCCUCGGACUCUUCAUACGGCACCGACAAGUGCUCCAAGUCGUACUCCAAGGACAAGCCCAUUGUCCAGUAUGUCCUGAUGAUCGAUGCCGGCAGCACGGGCUCGCGAAUUCACGUCUACAAAUUCAACAACUGCGGUCCCAUUCCCGAGCUGGAGAAGGAGGAGUUCAAGAUGACUGAGAAGUCCGUCGGCGGCCUGAGCGCCUUCAAGAACGAUCCCGUGGCCGCGGCCAAGAGCCUCGACCCGUUGAUGGCUGUUGCUAUGGAACACGUCCCCGAUGCGCUCAAGAAAUGCUCUCCCGUUGCCGUCAAGGCCACUGCCGGCCUGCGAUUGAUCGGAAAGGAGCUGGCCGACGCCAUUCUGGCCGAGGUCCGAAGCCACCUGGAGAACGACUACCCCUUCCCGGUCGUAUCUGCGGAGCAGAACGGCGUUGCCAUCAUGGACGGCUCGGACGAGGGUGUGUAUGCUUGGAUCACCACCAACUACCUCCUCGGCAAGAUUGGCGGCCCCGACAAGAGCGAGACGGCGGCCGUCUUCGACCUCGGUGGCGGCUCAACCCAGAUUGUCUUCGAGCCGACCUUCAAGGGAGCUGCGGACGGAGGCAUGCCCGAGAAGCUGGCUCCCGGCGAUCACAAGUAUGAGCUCGACUUUGGCGGCCACAAGUUCGACCUGUACCAGCACUCUCACCUUGGCUACGGCUUGAUGUCCGCUCGCAAGGCCCUCCACUCUGCCCUGGUUGACGAACUGGCCAAGGCCAAGGGAGACGACCAGACCUGGAUGAACGCGCCCAUUGUGCACCCCUGCAUCGCCCCGGGCACCACCAAGCAGAUCGACGUCGAGGUCAACGGCGGCGAGGCCCGCAGCUUCAACUUCACCGGCCCUUCCCAGCCCUCCCCCGCUCAGUGCCGGAACCUCGCCGAGAAGAUCCUGAAGAAGGACGCCGAGUGCGCCCUCGCCCCUUGCUCCUUCAACGGCGUCCACCAGCCGGCCCUGUCCAAGACGUUUGCCAAGGAGGACGUCUACAUCUUCUCGUACUUUUACGACCGCACCAAGCCCCUCGGCAUGCCCGACUCCUUCACCCUCCGUGAGAUGCACGACCUCACCCAGAAGGUGUGCGCCGGCAAGGAGGCCUGGGACGUCUUCUCCAGCGUCCCUGGUGCUUUGGAGGAGCUCGAGGACCGGCCCGAGCACUGCUUGGACUUGAACUUUAUGUUGGCUCUGCUGCACACCGGUUAUGAGAUGCCCAUGGACCGCGAGGUCAAGAUUGCAAAGAAGAUUAAGGGCAACGAGCUGGGCUGGUGCCUCGGAGCUAGUUUGCCCCUUUUGGCUCCUGGCUCGGGCUGGUCGUGCAAGAUCAAGGAGGUUUCAUAGAGAGCCUUUUUGACAGCACCCAGUCGUUUUUAUGAAUUAUAGGGGCU